ACUUAUAUAAGUAUGUUCAUCAGCAGGUAAUCUUAAGAUUCGACAAUAUUAUGAUGUAUAGGACAAGACCCAAGAACUUAAGCUAACGAGUCCUUACUGACAUAAGAAAGACGUGUCAGUAAAAAAUCUUCAAGAGGCUUAUAGGAAUUGUCUUUGUCUAUUCCCAUUGAAAAAGUUUAUUAUAAACCUACCUAAGAAGAGUCCUUUGUCAGUGCCCAUUAUUCUCCAUCCUUCUUAGCCCUUGUCUUCUUCAUUGUCUCCUUUUUCUCACUUUAAGAUCUUUUUCGUUCUUAGCUCAUGACAAGCCACCAAAAUAUCUAAACUAUAAGACCAUUACUGUUUUGUUACCUGAUAACGCCACUCCCUUCUUUUAGUUUGAUUUCUUUUCUUCACUCUGUUUCAUGUUUGUGCAGAAAGUAUGAUUCCGAAGUGCCAAGAAGAUGUCAAGCAGCCACGACCUUGCGACCUGUGUCUGAACAAACACGCGGUUUGGUAUUGUGCAUCAGACGAUGCUUUCUUGUGCCAUGUUUGCGAUGAAUCAGUCCAUUCUGCAAACCAUGUGGCGACAAAACACGAGAGAGUUUGUCUUAGAACAAACGAGAUACCGAACAAUGUGCUCCAAGGAACAACAUCACACCCGGUUUGGCACAGCGGGUUCAGAAGAAAAGCAAGAACACCUAGGUCCCGGUGUGAGAAAAAAACACAACAAAAGAUAGAUGAUGAGAGAAGAGGAGAGGACCCUCGUGUUCCCGAGAUUGGAGGCGAAGCAAUGUUUUUCAUACCAGAAGCAAAUGAUGAUGAAAAUGAUACGACUUCUCUUGUGCCAGAGUUUGAGGGAUUCACAGUCACAGAGAUGGGGUUCUUCUCGAGCAACCACAAUGGUACUCAAGAAACAACGAAACAAUUCAACUUUGAAGAUGAGAUUGAUGCAAUGGAGGAUCUAUAUUACAAUGAAGAAGAAAAAGCAGCUAAAACUAAUGGAGCUGAAGCACGUCCUGGACAAUCUUUGAUGAACUGCAAGAACGAUUAUGACAAUGUCAUUGCGAUUUCAGCAAAGAGAGAAGAAACUGAAGAUUACGAGGAUAAUGCAAGGCAGGGGAACAUGUUACUUAGACUGAAUUACGAAAAUGUUAUAGCAGCUUGGGAUAAACAAGAAUCUCCAAGAGAAGCAGCAAGAAACCAGACUGAGUUGUUCAACACAAGUAACUUCCAGCUAGUUCCUCUAACUUCUAUUGUAAUGCAGGGAAUAGAGGAGAAGAGAGUAACCAGCAGAAGUGAGCGAGAAGCUAGAGUUUGGAGAUACAGAGAUAAAAAGAAGAAUCGUUUGUUCGAGAAGAAGAUAAGGUAUGAGGUUAGAAAGGUUAACGCGGACAAAAGACCGAGAAUGAAAGGUCGAUUUGUCCGAAGAUCUUUAGAUCCCGAGUCUUAGGUUUAUCAAAUGCUCUCAGUUUCUGCUUUGUGCGAAUUCUUGUCACAUAAAAAAGACUACUGCAAAGACACGGAAGCUAGUCCAAAAGUACAACAGCUCGUGUGGAACAUUCUUCGUUCUUGCAAGUGUUUGGUAUAGGUUUUAAAUGUUAUCUCAAACAAUAACAUGUGUACAACUUUAUUCUUAAUUAUUUAAAUUUUCAUACUAGUAAAAAACUUCUCUUUUGUACUCAAACAGUAAAACUUUUUUUUUAGAAAAGGUCAAGUGGUAAACACAAAUUUAGGCGAAUUAUGUUA